CACAAUUCUAAUUUCGCCCCGUUGCUUUCCCAGGAGGGACUGGAAGGCUCCGCCCUAGUCCCCAGCGACAGGGUGGCCCUGGCAACAGAAUGUCCCCGAUUCUGGGUCUCGGGGCUUGUGCUUACUGGCUGCAGCUCACUCGGGGUGCGGCGGGAGGAGGACGCCAACUAGCCCUGCGCCACCACUCCGCGCUCCCAGAAGCUCCCGCAACGGGCUCGCCCUGCGAACCCGCCUCCGGGAGUUUCGGGACUCCUCCCCGCGCCCCCCAGCCAAAGGAAGCUCCUGGAUCACUCCUUGGCCUGGAUGCCCUACAUCUCAGUCCCCGCAGGUAGCUAACGACUGGCGCCAUGAUGGCACAGUGGCUGGUGCACAUCGGCCAACAGCUGCUGCUCUGGGGCGCUUUGAGCGCCGUCUCCCUGGCUGGCAUUGCCGCGAUCUUGAGACUCCUGCAGACGCUGGCGAGCUACAGGCGGAUAUGGGUGAAAAUGAAGUCGCUCCCGGUCGUUGACGAGAAAUUCUACCCUUUUGUGGGACAUUUACUACAGCUGAAGACAGAUUCGAGAGAAUUUUUUCAGCAGCUAAUUGAGUACUCUGAAAAAUGCCGAUCUUUGCCAUUUACCAUAGUCUGGCUUGGUCCCCUGCCGAUGGUGGCCAUGUAUAACACAGAAGUUGUGGAGGUGAUUUUAACAAAUUCAAAGGAAAUUGACAAAUCCUAUACAUACAAGUUUCUAGAACCAUGGCUUGGCCUAGGACUCCUGACAAGUACUGGCUACAAAUGGCGCUCCAGGAGGAAAAUGUUAACACCCACUUUCCAUUUUACAAUUCUGGAAAGUUUCUUGGAUGUCAUGAACGAACAAGCAAAUGUACUAGUUAACAAGUUGAACAAACACGUCGACGGAGAGGCCUUUAACUGCUCAAUUUACGUCGCUCUCUGUGCCUUAGAUAUCAUCUGUGAAACAGCGAUGGGCAAGAAUAUCGGUGCCCAGAGUAAUGAUGACUCCAAGUAUGUCCGUGCAGUUAAUAGGAUGAGUGAUCUGGUACAUCAGAGGAUGAAGCAGCCCUGGCUCUGGUUUGAUUUUUUGUACCUUAUGUUUAAGGACGGAUGGGAGCACAAAAGGACCCUACGAAUUGUACAUAAUUUUACCAACAGCGUCAUCAAUGAACGGGCCAAAGAAAUAGAGAGAGCUGAAGAAUGCCAGAGUGAUGAGAAGGACACUACCCCCUCCAAAAAGAAGCACAGGGCUUUUCUUGACUUGCUUUUAAAUGUGACAGAUGAUGAAGGAAGGAAGCUAAGUCAUGACGAUAUUCAAGAAGAAGUGGACACAUUCAUGUUUGAGGGUCAUGACACCACUGCAGCUGCCAUGAACUUGGCCUUGUAUCUAUUGGGUUCUUAUCCAGAAGUCCAGAAAAAAUUGGACAACGAGCUGGACGAAGUGUUUGGGCAGUCCGAUCGCCCUGCCACCUUAGCAGACCUGAAGAAACUGAAAUAUCUGGAGUGUGUUAUCAAGGAGACCCUUCGUCUUUUCCCUCCUGUUCCUUUUUUUGCCCGUAAUCUUACUGAAGAUUGUGAGAUUGGCUAUACCAUUGCCAAAGGCUCCCAAGUCCUCAUCUUUCUCUACUCGCUGCAUAGAGACCCGCGGCACUUCCCCAAUCCGGAGGAAUUCCAGCCAGAGCGUUUCCUUCCCGAAAAUUCCACAGGACGCCAUCCAUACGCAUAUGUGCCCUUCUCUGCUGGACCCAGAAACUGUAUAGGUCAAAAGUUUGCCAUGAUGGAAGAAAAGGUCAUUCUUUCCUGCAUCCUGAGGCACUUUUGGGUCGAAUGCAGCCAGAAAAGAGAAGAACUUGGUCUGAUGGGAGAUCUGAUUCUUCAUCCGAGUAACGGCAUCUGGAUCAAGUUGAAGAGGAGAAAUGUCCGUGAACCCUAACUUUAGUCUAGUGCUGUGCAUGUCUCCAGAAUAAGAUUUUUCUCUAAGGGAAACUUAAUCGUCAGUUCAAUUCCCUUCAUUCCUAGACCUAACUUUUUCUUGUCACCACUUACCCUGGGGUAAAGUCUACCAAACAGAGAGUUUUUAUAUAUUUAAAAUGGCCAUAUCUCUCAUCCCUGGUCUUGAUCCCAAAAGGAGAGUUAACUGAUGUCUAUACCCAAAUAAAUGUGUAAGUUUCUCAACAGAGGGACCCAUAGUCCACUUCAAUUUCAAUGGACAGACCCAAAGGGUAUAAUUCCAUUGAGGUUGCAGAGUUUUUUUAAGAUACUCUUGUUGACUCAGGAACAUAUAUGUUUGGGCACACAUAUAAAUUUCAUUUGAGAAGGGUGAGUAAUUAAGUACUUUGACUGAAGGGGCUUAAGUUUUAAAAAUUAUAUCAGUGGCAUUAGUUAUGGGAGUAUUUAUUAUUGUGAUGCUUUUCAGAUUAUAUCAGGGAAGGUACGUCAUUUAUAAGUUGACCUAUAGGUUCUGCUUUUAUCUCCCUUUUAACUAUGUACUUGCAAGCUUCAUUUCAUUCUACAUAAUGUCACAAUGACCUUUGUCCAUCAUGUAUUAUGAGGAGAGAUUCCUUUUCAUAAUCUCUAAUCCCUCACUGUACCUCAAAAUGCUGAUUAAGGGCUUUUGGAGCUGGAAGCACCUUAGAUCUUACUUAGUUAUCCUCCUGUUCAUUAGAAGUAAUGGAAGAGAUCAAUGGGAGGUAAGUUUCUGUCCAAAGUCAUGCCGGUGCUGAAAAUAGAAAGAGGUCUAUACUCUCGGUCUCUCCACUCCCAGAAUGAUACACUUCUACUGCAAUAUGCUCUUGCUUGUGAAGCUCAUAUCUGUAACUGCGUGUGUCAGUAGAGCACAGGUCUGGAAGUCUUCCAUCGUUAAUGAAGAGGGAAACUGCACAGGCACAUUGAGCAACCCAGCAUUGUCUCAGUGUAGGGUUAACCUCCAAGGAAAUGCGAUCUUCCAGAACACACCUACCAAGCAGAUAACCAACACACAUCCUCUGAAUUUCAGUUCCACCGAUCAUGUCUCUACUCACUCAGUGGCUUGAAAAAACUUCUUUUAAUAGAUACUUUUAAUAAGAUGGUUUCUUCAAUUUUCUCAAAGAAUAGCAGAAGCAACAAGUUAAGAGAAUGGAAUGUCCAUUCUUUAAUGGAUAUCAAAGGAAGAGGUUCACAAACCAAACCACUUGGCAAACAUUACAGGCUGAGGCAUUGCAGGUUGGGUCAACCAGGGUGCCCGCUCUACUGACUCCAAGAGUCAGCGCAGCCCCCAAGUUGCUGAGAAAAACUCAAGGAAGUAUAUGAUACCAUUGAAAAUGAUUCCCAGGAUAUGAUAAACUUUGUUAUCUAGAAAUUGGGUCUACGUAGAAAAUCUGUUCCCAGAUGACUUUGGAUAAUUAAAGUUUUAUUGCUACAAAUUAAUAUUUCUCAAUUUUAUGCACUUACAUUUAAACCUUGCCUUUUAAAAAUCUUCUCAGUGACUCUAUACUAGACAUGAAAUUAAAUUUAAAGUAAACCAUUGCUUCAGGUUACUAUUUGGCCCCAGAGAAAAUAUGUUAUUCAUAUUGUAAUUGUAAAUUCCCUUAAAUUGUGUCUCAGUUGGAUGGAGAAAGUAUGUUAUGGUCUGUAGUAUCCAAAUGAAGAUGCUGACUUUCUUGUAAAUAAGAGAAUGAUCAAAUAUCUGUUCGUGUGCCUGUAGUCUGUCAUGCUCCUGCUUGAAAGGAACAUCUUAAGAAAAGUAAAUCACAUUUUAAACAUGGCUGCUACACUGUGUUCUGAGAAUUGAGGUCAGUGUGAAAUACAGAUAACUUUCAAAGGUAAAUUAGUAGGUGACUGAUUCAUCAAUAAAGGAAAUCAAAGGA